ACGGAGCGCGUGUGAGCUCACCCUCCUCUCUCCAGACAGGAGGCGAGGACAUCCCCCCUCUAACACCGUGCCAACAGAGAGAGAGAGAGAGAGAGAGAGAGAGAGAGAGAGAGAGAGAGAGAGAGAGAGAGAGAGAGAACAGAGAGAGAGAGAGAGAGAGAGAGAGAAAGAGAGAGAGAGACUGAAACCCCAUAAUGCACUGCACGCUGCAGGGCUGAAGUCGUGCAGAUUCAUCAGUUCCUGUUCGGAGGGAUUGUGUGUGAGCCGCACACACACUCACACGCCGAGACCGAGUGCAGGAGAAACACACAAGACAAGCAGGCAGAGAGAUGUGCCUUCUUUCGUCGACCCCUUCGGCUGUUUGGCUCGACUGAAGCAGCCUCUGCCUCUGUGCCUGUCCAUGUCUGCCGGAGUUUCCAGCCACACCAGGAGCCGCAGGACUGCCAACACCACCCGCUGAGCCAGUCUGCACUACACUGACACCUCCCUGCUCCACUCCAUCUCCUGCUCCGUCUGCCAUCCAUGCCACUUAGCCCUCCUCUGUGGACGCCAACCACUCCUCCGUCCUCCCCAUCCUCCGGCUGAAGACACACAUCCUUUAUCACUUCCUCCUUGCGUAUCCCCUCCACCACAGCCUUCUCUUCCCUCUCUUUUUCUUCCCUUUUCUCCUUCCUUCUGCAUCUUUUCAUCAUGGGCCAGCUUGAUCGAUAAUGCGUUUUGCCAUUCGUCUCGUCUGACAGUUUAGCCGAGGAGUGAGGCGAUAGAGGGAACCAGUGUGUGAGUGUGUUUGACUGAAAAAAAGGAGAGAGAGGAAGAGAGAUUACAAAGCCAGACCUCUGUGGCCGUCACCAGCCUCGGCCCAGGGUGACAGGAGGUGAAGGAUUCCUAUCGCAGCCGCAAACAGACUCUUGGGAUGGGCCUCAGGUGGUAGGAGAGUCACAGGCCUCCUAGGCUUCACCUCACAAUCACACCCUGGGGGACGAAAACCUCUUGAACCAGACUUUUUUCCCAUGUCCUUUCUCUACUCUUCGUCCUCAUUUUUCCCAGUGUCAUUAGAAACACACAGACGCACACAUAAUUGUAUUUGCUGGAUAUCUACUCCUCCUCCUUAUCGACCCCUCCUGCCUGGUUCAAAAUGGCGGUGAAUGUGACACCGAUCCGGGACACAAAGUGGCUGACGCUGGAGGUUUGUCGGGAAUUCCAGAGAGGGACGUGUUCGCGGCCGGACAGCGAGUGCAAGUUCGCUCACCCUGCCAAGAGCUGUCAAGUGGAAAACGGCCGAGUCAUUGCCUGUUUUGACUCACUCAAGGGCCGCUGCUCCAGGGAGAACUGUAAGUACCUGCAUCCUCCUCCCCACCUAAAGACUCAGCUGGAGAUCAAUGGCAGGAACAAUCUCAUCCAGCAGAAAAACAUGGCCAUGCUGGCCCAGCAGAUGCAGCUAGCAAACGCCAUGAUGCCCGGUACACAGCUGCAGCCAGUGCCCAUGUUUUCAGUCACACCCAGCCUUGCAACCAAUGUUAACGCUGCUGCUGUGGCAGCUGCUGCGUUUAACCCUUACCUUGGCCCUGUGUCGCCCGGCCUGAUGCCUGCUGACAUCCUGCCCAGCGCCCCUGUACUGGUCACCAGCAACCCCAAUGUCCCCGUACCGGCUGCUGCUGCUGCCGCUGCACAGAAACUCAUGAGGACAGACAGACUGGAGGUAUGUCGGGAGUACCAGCGGGGGAACUGCACGCGCGGGGAGAACGACUGCCGCUUUGCCCACCCCUCAGACAGCACGAUGAUUGACACCAACGACAACACAGUCACCGUGUGUAUGGACUACAUAAAGGGCCGCUGCUCGAGGGAGAAGUGCAAGUACUUUCACCCUCCAGCUCACCUGCAGGCCAAGAUCAAAGCCACCCAACACCAAGUCAACCAGGCUGCUGCUGCUGCAGCCAUGGGGCUCCCUCCCGUCUUGCCUCCUUUACCAAAGAGACCUGCACUUGAAAAAGCCAACGGUGCCACCACUAUGUUCAAUGCUGGUGUAUUCCAGUACCAACAGGCCCUGGCCAACAUGCAGUUUCAGCAGCAGGCGGCCUUCAUACCAUCAGGCUCGAUUUUGUGCAUGACACCUGCAACAAGUAUUGUACCCAUGAUGCACGGUGCUAAUCCAGCCACUGUGUCUGCAGCCACCACAUCUGCCACAAGUGUUCCCUUUGCAACCGCAACAGCCAAUCAGAUUCCAAUAAUAUCUGCAGAACAUCUGACUAGUCACAAGUAUGUGACCCAGAUGUAGGAGUCUCCAUCAGAACAACGCAACUGGAGCGUGCUGACGUCGAGUCCAAGAUUAGCAGUCACCCUUCACGCCUUGAACAUCGAGGGCAUAAACGAAGAACCAGAUCUGAAGCGGUUUGGAAUAAAUCUGCAUGUUAACAUAGGAGGCACAGUUUGUUAAGAUUGUUUUCAUCAUGCACACUAUUACACAACAACUGAAAGGAACAUCAUUUGCAUCAAAGACUGCCUUUCGCUCUGCAGAGGCAACUUACCUUUAUUCACCGGACACACUUUGAAUGUCAACAUGAGGCAAAUGUGCUGAGCGGUCAUCAUUUAAAGCGACUGGAUUGGUGCGUCCAUCUACCGGGAAUCAUGACUUGAGUUUGUGUUUUGUUCAUAGGUUGUUGGUCUUUCACCUGAAUGUGUUCAGUUGUUUACACAGAGGUGCACCUUGAAUUUUGGUUGAGGAAGACGAAACGGAAAAUCUGACUGAAUCACAUAUGCAUGCACAAUUUUGUUUCUUAUUUGAUUUUAUUUAACCAGUAAUAAGGGAAAUUACAUACAGUGCACUCAGAGGCAAAAUAGCAACUGAAUGUCUGUGAGGUGUCUUUCAAACCUUUGUAGCCUAUCUUUCUAUCUCUUAAGCACAUGUCUUUAAUCUGUAGGCGUCCAUGUAAAGUGCCAUACAUCCUAAACUCAUGAAUGGUAUUUAAGCAGUGUUACAAAGUGUAAAAAUCAACAAUACCCUUUAAAACGUCUUAUUUUCUGUACUGGACAGCAUGAAAUGUCCAAUUUGGUGCCCUGUCAUUCCCAUAGCAAAAUAAUAGAUAAUCAUCCCACGAUUGUCUGAUUCCCUUCAAUCUUUUUCUGAAUGAAUACCUUUGUUUUUUUUGUCAGCUAUUUCUCCAUGAACCUUUAGAGUAUCGACUCUAAAAGUCAGAUUGUUGUAUGUGGGGUCUUGGCCUGAGCGAUAGACCAAAGACUCCCCCAAUGAAGAAGUUGUUCCAUUGAAUAGCUUUGAGACAACAGGGCUGUAUGUUGGUGUCCAAACUGCUGUGAGACAGAAGUCGAAAUCAAUGGCGCAACUGGUGUGAUUAGUUUUUCAUUUGUGUGGUUAUGCAUAUUUUAAGACUGAUGGUCAAAGUAGAUUGAGUGUUUGAGUGUAUAUAGUCUGACAUAUUUAAGAAUAUUUGUUAUUACCAGAGAACUGUUUCAAGAUAGUCAGCCAAAGUCUUUUUGUGUCACUGUUACUCGAUAUUGUGGGUAGACUACAGGGAGAAAAUGUUUAAAAUGUGCAGGCUGCAUUCGCCAGCCCAAAGAAAGUUCAUGUUUAAAGAGUAGAUCUCUAGAAGUCUUUGUUUUUUGUCGUGUUCUGGGUGUUCUUCAGGCAUAUUAAAGUUGGUGGAUAGUACAGGGAAAGUGGCGAGAAUAAAAACGAUUGUAUUACUCAUCCAAAGCCUUAGAAUGUACCAUCGGGUCAGCACAAUGCAACAUGCCAUUUUGAACCAUCCAGUUGCCUAAUCCACGCCAUAUUAACACACACACACACACACACACACACACAAACACAAACACACUUAUACACACAUCCAACACACACUCAACACACACAGAGCACUACGUAUUCGCCACUUUUUUGUCAGUGUUUUCUUAACUUUUAGAUUAGGAGGGUUUUUCUGUUUUUGUUUAGAGACAUUUUGAUAUUUAGUUCUGAUUUUUAGUUUGCAUAUUAUAUUUAUCUUUCUUACAAUGAAUAUAGGAUAAAAGUGUGUGUUUUUGUGUGUUCCUCAUGCACAGUUUCCUGAAAUUCCAUGUAAUGUUAAUUUGAGUAUGAUUAUGAUUGUAAACUCAAUAUUUUCUACGUUAUGCAUAUUGUUGAACUGUAUGCAUUUUGUUCAUUUCUCUAGUCUCUUUUGUGUUCUUUGAACAAAGAUGUUUUAUAUGAGUAUCUAACAGUGAUGAAAUAAUAGAACAGAGAGGCUAAGUUGUCACUGUGGCAACCGUCGCCGAAAACCGAGUAAUAUUUUAAUGAUUGUAAGGUUUGUAACUAGUCAAAUAAGAAAAAAGACUAUUAUAAAAAAUCUAGUUCUUAAAUGUUUAGAGUAAAGAUGUUAUUUUCUACUGUAUCCAUUUCAAAUAGUAACUAUUGUUUUAAUAUUUUUACUCUCCCUGGAAAUUGGGCCAUGUUGGAAAACAAGCUGCAUAUUUGAUCACUUUUUUCGGGGGCGUUGCUGGCAGGGUCAGGUGAACGUGGCGAGUAUGGAGCCGUGUGUGCACACCUGUUUCUUACUCAGCCAACUGCAAACACAAAAGGGUGGGGUGGGGGAAUCUGGAGGCGAUAAAAGGUGAUAAAGGUUGACUUUUUUGCACUUCUGUACAUAGUCAAAAAAGAGAGAAUCAUGUAUAUUGAGAUCUUAUUUUGAAUAAAAAAAUAACGUCUAUAAUGACAAGGAAUUUUGCUAGGAUAACAAAAAAAAAUCUUACGAAAGGCUGAACAAAAUUGCUUGCAUCAAAAAGGGCACUGAGUUCUCACUCUCCGACCCCUUUCCGAAAAGGCCAAGUGUUGCUCUUCUUUUUCGUCAGCAGCUUGUAGUUUGCCAGGUAACCUUCCGGAGGAGGCGUUCACUGACCUCCAGCGUGAGGGCCUGACUGGGUUUGUCUGGUCCCCUUACCUGCCUGUACCAACAGGUCUGUGUGUCAUGGCCACGCCCUUCCAGGCCCAACCAAUCACAACACGUCCUGUCUCUUUACUUUACUCCGAGAGGAAUGCAUGUUAAAGGAAAUACAUAUACCGUUUAAAAAAAGUCACCACAGUAAUACUGAAUAAGAAAACAUGUUACACAGAAAGAUGUAUUUACAGUAUACAAUAUUCUAUCAAUGUAAUGGAAUAAAAUAUAUAUAAAAAUAAAAAAUAGAAUAGUGGUUUAUUUAAAAAAAAAAGAUACCUGAAGAUAUACUCACUAAAGUUUUACCACUUGGGGAGUUAAAAUACAUGCAACACAAACACCAUAGCUAUAAGUAUGUUCUUUAUGUUUAUGUAAGCUGUGCUUUGUAGUAGAUGAAACUGACCACACAGGAAUGUAGUUCAACAUCAGGCCGAAAUUAAGAAUCGUUUCAGAUUAAAAUACUGUUGUGUGGUUUGGUCAUUAAGUCGUUAGUUUGAAAUAUCGUCCUGAUCAUCUUCGUCAUCUCUCAUCUCCUACAAACACGCAUGCUUACAGUUAUGAUAUAAUGUAAACUGAACCUUUUUUUUUUUCAUUUGUUGUUUGUUUUCUCUGCUUGUAGUGCUGAUAUGAUGUAUUCUGUCUUCUGCUGCAGUUUGUUUCUGCUUGUUUUACUGCUGCGGGCCCCGUGAAAGGAUGGGUCAUGUUUGCACGCCGGCCACCUGCUCUGAAAGGUACCUGCAGAGAGAAAAAAAAAACACUGAUUGUCACUGUCUAAAGCCAUAAAAUAUAAUCUCAUCAGAAAGAAGCGUGGUAGAAGGAACCGGAAAUGAACAGAGGUGGUUAUCUGUACCUUCUAAAACUGUGAGGAAUGUGUUUGCUCUGUUUGCUGGGGUUUUAUUAACGACAACAUCAUGUAUAAGUAGAAGUCAUGAAUGUGGCUAAUAGAACCUGAGGUAUGUCAGCCUACUUUGGUGGAUGUGUGUGGUAAAGAGAAAAGUACUUGACAUGUUUUUUUCAUGGGGCCUGCUUUGCUAUAUUUAAUUCUUGCUGUUAUGAAUAAAAAAUGUAAUAAAAAUUUACAAAUGAACUGAA